GUGGUUCCUGACCGAGGGAGGGAGCUGGAGAGGCGUUGAGGGCAGAACUGAAGGUCUCUGGCUAACGUCCUGGAGGCUACUGCCUGAAGAUGACUUCUAGGGACCAGCCCAGCCCCAAGGUUACCCUCAAAGAAACUUUGCCUCAUCCUGGGGUUUCUACAGCAGAGAGCUCUCCAGCCUUAAAUUAUCAGGGAAUCCUGGAGCAGUUCAAGCAGUUUACCAGGUUUCCCCCUCAUUUGGCUGGAAAGUUGGAGAGCAUUUGUAAGUCGCUCCACAAGGUCCAGCAUGAUCUUGAAGAACACCACAAGCAGAUAGGAAACCUCUUACAGAUUGUGGAGAGCCAUAGCCAGCCCCAGAGUAUUUCAUCCGUGGAGGUGGCCGAGAUCUCAUCUGCCAAUCCAAGUAGCCCUGAAAUUCUCCAGCACUUAAAGCCCAAGACCCCGCAGGAGUCCAACUUUGAAGAGGUCCUGGCCAUGAGGUCAUCUGACUGGCUCCAGCGGCCCUUUGGAACAGACACACAGCUGGAAACUCAGCUGCCCUGGGGUAAUGAACCCCAGUUUGGGCAAGAUAUUUUGACCGAGCAGCUCUGGCAGAUUUUUGCUGGUGUCCAGGAUGAGCCUAAAAACCUGAGACACAGAAUGACAGAGCAGGCACCAGGGCUGGUAAACUCUUUCUGCAUCUCUGCCGAGACAAGGAAGACUUGGGACCCCAGGCGUCUGACAAGUCCUCUCCUAGGCACUGCCUGGGUAUCCCUGAUGUUUUCUGGUUUUGAUGCUCUGUACAGGUCAGCUGGCCUGACAGAUUCUUCCCUUCCCCUUGGGCAGGAAAGUGAAGCUCCAGGUUCGUGUGAAGGAAGAGAACUGUGUACCGAGGAUGCCUUGAGUAAUCCUACUCCCAAUCUGCCCAAGACCACCUCUGGGCCCCUGAAGCGUUCCCAAGAUGGGAGCAGUAGCCAGGGAAUGCCUCAGGUAAGACCCAGGCCUGACCUGGCACCACUCCAUCAAGGCUGCUGGGAUGGGGCAGUGGGCACAAGUGGGCGGAAUGGGGGCAGCUGUGAUGUCACCCACCUGCAGGAGGCUGCGGGAAAACCCUUUUCAUUUCUGAAGCCCAUAUCCUGGGAUGUUGAGGACUUCGAAGAUGCAUGGAAGAGGCCAGACACCAUGUCCUUGCAAUCCAAGAAGAUGGCUGUGCCGUUCAAACUGGAAAAGAUGCGGACACUGGAACAUGGGGAGUCUGUGCUCGCCACAACGGUCAGCAGUUUCACGAGGCAUGCAUUUACCUGCAGCAGGGGUGGUGUCAAGAUAUGGAGCCUGACUGGCCAGAUGGCCAGGGACAGGUUCUAUGAGAGCCACCUGCCUGUACAGACCCCAGGGGCCUAUCUGCGCACCUGCCUGCUUUCUUCAAACAGCAGGGUCCUGCUCACAGGUGGCUACAACCUGGCCAGUGUGAGCGUGUGGGACCUGGCAGCAUCCUCCCUGCAUGUGAAAGAUGAGCUGCCCUGUGAAGGUCUCUCCUGCCAGGCCCUGGCUGCCAACCUUGAUGAUAACCUGAUUUUUGCCGGCUUCUCCAGUGGUACAGUCAGGGUCUGGGACUUGCGGAAUCACAGCGUGAUCAGGGAUUUCAUGGGCUACCCAAAUGGAGCCAAAAGCAUGGUGGUCAAAAACCACAACAUCUGGACAGGGGGUCUGGAUGCCUGUCUAAGGUGCUGGGACCAGAGGAUGGUGAAGACGCUUCAGGAGUACCAAUUUGAGUCCCAGAUAAUGAGCCUGUCCCACAGUCCCCAGGAGGACUGGGUGCUGCUGGGCUUGGCCAAUGGGCAGCAGUGGCUACAGCAUACCAAUGGAGACAAGGCACGCAUGGUGGGAGAUAAUGGCAGCACCGUCCUGGGCCUCAAGUUCUCCCCGUUUGGCCAGUGGUGGGUGAGCGUUGGCAUGGACGACUUGGUCAGCAUCCACAGCAUGCCCACAGGGAUGAAGUUGUUCCAGGCACCUGAGACCUCCUCGAUCAUGUGUUGUGACGUGUCUUCCAACAACCGCCUGGUCAUCACGGGGUCUGGGGACCGUGCCUCCGUGUACCAGAUCACCUACUGAGGGACUUCCCUUUGUCACUCAACUCAAGCUCCUUUCUUCUUGUCUUUUUUUUUUUUUUUUUUUGUGGUGGAGGGAACUGGGAAGGAUCAUCCAUGCAUUGCAAGAGAAUGGUUUACAAACUCAUCUUUGUCACAGGUAA